AUGGAUAGCUACUCUAUCCUCUACAGCUCGUCCCACAGGACAGGGCUGCUCGCCCGAUUUCAGCGUCUGCGCUCGGCCGGGAGGAUGUGCGACGUGGUGCUGGAGACCGACGGCGCCUCCUUCCCGUGCCACCGGGCCCUCCUGGCCAGCUCCAGUGAUUAUUUUUGGGCUCUCUUCGGGGAGGCCACAGCGGAGAGAUUAGCGUGCUGCGUCAAGCUCCCGGCGCUAACACCUGUAGGCUUAGACGUCGUCUUGGACUUCCUGUACUCCGGCUGGCUCAGGGUGUGCGUCAGAACACUUCCUGAUGUUCUGGAAGCGGCGAGGUACCUGCAAGUGGACACGGCCGUUUCCAUAUGCGAACGCUACAUCACGGACAACCUCAGCACGGAGAACUGCUGCUGCUAUGCUAACUUAGCAGAACGCCACGCACUUUCUGACGUGUUGGAGGCCGCCAACUUCACCAUCGCCAGAGAGAUGGCCACUCUGCUGCGGGAAAGACGGGACGAUCUUCUGGGCUUGAACAUCCAAUCGCUGAUGGUGGUGUUGGAGGCCAAAGAAAUUCCGACGGUCAAGGAGGUGGAGCUGGUCAAGCUAGCGCUGGAUUGGUUGGGUGAGAACGGGCCCCUCCCACUGCUCCAAUCCAACCUGCUGCUAAGCCGCCUGCGCUUCGGCUUGGUCGCUCCCGUGGAUCUCGCACGCCUCAGCCACGCCAUCAAAGCCAUGGGCACACCUCUGAUAAGGAGCCAGGUGACGAGAGCACUGGAGUACCACAGAACAGGUUCGGCAAGGCCAAUCCGGCAGAACAAGCAGUCUACGCUCAGGGCAACCAAUCGCGUACUACUGGUCGGCGGUUGCUCGAGUCCGGAUUGUCCGGAGCAGCAGGUGCUGACGUUUAACCUGAAAACCAGGACCUUUGCACCCCUGACUUCCUGCCUGCCCCUGAGACUGAGAAAUCACUGCGUGUGCUCCUUGGGUGGUUUCCUCUUCGUGGUGGGUGGGGAAGUGGUGAGCGAGGCGGACAGGAAGCCGGUCGUUACGGAAACCUCAAACCAGGUGUGGAGGUACGACCCGCGCUUCGAGUGUUGGCAGCAGGUGGAGUCCAUGCUGCAGAGGAGGACCAAGUUCACCUGCUGCGCCACCGAUGACAGCAUCUACGCCAUCGGGGGGCAAAAAACACCCGCCGACAGCAACGCACCCGCCGCCACGCUGGCUUCCGUGGAGUUUUACGACUUGGAGGCAGGGGCGUGGAGGAGGGGAGCACCCAUGCCCGGGCCGCUCCACGGCCACGCUUGCGCCAUGCUCGAGCAGAACAUCUAUGUGUCGGGUGGUCUCUCGGACAACAGCGGCGCCCACUUGAUCCCGGGCCAGAGCCAAAGCAGAAGGGAAGUUUUGUGCUGGGACCACGUGGGAAGACUCUGGAAGAACGCAGCGCCCAUGUCCAUCGGGAGGUUCGGACAUCGCAUGGCGAGCGUCCACGGUUACAUCUACGCCCUCCUGGGAAUGUACGAGCCCUUCUCCGAUAUCGAGCGCUACGACCCGGGAGCGGACCACUGGACGCGCCUCAGGCCGCUGAUCACAGCCUCGUUCAGCUACGGGAUGGCGGCGAUGCCAACUGGGAGCGUCCUGGUGUUCGGUGGGAGGAAGUGGAGCGACGGGCAGGAGGUGGUGCUGAAGAGCGUGCUGGAGUACGAACCCAAGAAAGACCAGUGGAGGGAGAUCUGUCAGCUACCGAGACCCCUCACGGGAACAGAGUGCACGUUACUGCCGGUGCCUGAUUAA